AUGGCAUCACAGGAUGCUACCGAUGCAGUCAAUCGGCGUCGACGAGGCUCGCUUGCGUGCAAUGCUUGUCGGACACGCAGAACAAAAUGCGACGGUCUGCGGCCCAAAUGCUCCUUCUGUAGGAAACGGAAUAAAGACUGCAUUUAUCAGGAAGUCAGAGAGAUUCCUCCAACACGAUUUGAUAUGGAAAUAUCUGCUAUUUGGGAGCGAUUGGACCAAAUCACCAGUAUACUCAGACCAGAGUCAACUUUGGGGGAGAUGUCUGUGGCUACACAACUGCAUGCCAACCUCUCCCGGGGCCAGGAUAUAUUCCCACGAUAUCCGUUCAUGGUUCUUCAAAGCCAGUCUUUCAUGGGGCUUCUUGGUUUUAAUCCCUCCAUGGCUCGAGAUAUAAUGCUCAUAGAGCGUGGGGAACCCAUUUUAAUGACCCAUUUACCACCGGAAGCCACGAUUUGGAUAGAUAUCAACCACGCAAAUCACCUUUUAGAUGUUUUCCUAGAACAGAUCAACAUUUGGUAUCCAGUCUUACAUGCCAGUUUCAUAGAACAGCUGCUUCAAUCAAUCGCAGAAUCCUUUCCUACCUCUCCAGAGUCAUGCCUCUCGCUCCUAGUGAUCACAGUUGGAUCACUUUUUGAGUGCGGAUCAAGUUGGCAGGGGAUACGGGAGCAAGCCGGUUCAAUCUACCUUCAGACUGCGUUGGAAAUGUUGCCAUCAGUCUUAAUUGAUGACUCCAUUCGGGGGGUACAGUGCCUCCUACUGUUUAGCAUCUACUUCAACUGUCUCCUCCGACCCUGCCGAGCUCUUGAUUUCGUGACCGUGGCUUCAUCCAAAAUCCAAAAUCUUCUGAAAAGACUCAAUUACGAUGCCGACCCAGAACAGCUAUCUAUGGCUAGAAACUGUUACUGGAUUGCCUGGUUGAUUGAAAGUGAACUCACGGUGCAACUUGGUUUCUCUGAAAGUGGUAUCUGCGAUAUGAACACUAUGGUUCCGAUACCUCUGAGUACUAAUGUCAUUUCGGAAAUUGAACUUUCAAACUGCACCUUGGAAGAUUCUAGUCCGAUAUCUGACACUAGUACGUUAUACGACCGACUGUCAUAUUUUAUUGCCGAGAUUGCAAUACAAAAACUGGUUCAGCGCAGUACCCGGUACAUCUGGACUGAUGCAGAUUCCGGUUUCACAUUUGCGCCGAUCGUCGCCGCUGAGCUAGAACGGCAGAUGGAUGAAUGGUACCGUUAUCUUCCGGACACCCUCUGUUUUUUGGAUGGUGAUGAUGAGGAAUUCACCAAUACAAGUCCUCAUAACCGAGCACACGCCGCAUUCUUACGGACCCAAUAUUUUGCAUUUAGGACGUCCAUCUAUUGGCCAGCCGCUUAUCAGGCCAUCGAUGUGGGAGAGGCAGACGCGGCUUUGCUGCUUCCCUGUCAACGGUUUUUUGAUAGCUACAUACAAUUCAUCACCAGUUCGGCAAGUGCAGUCCUAGUAUGCAAGUCUCAUACUUGGACAUUGCUUACCAGUGUCUUUGUGAUUUCGGCGGCUGCUGUAAAGGCAUCAGUGACCCUAUGUCUGAAAGGAGUUGUCAGGCCAGAAGUCACUAAGGGCUUACACACAGCCCUCCGCAUGCUGAGUGAGGUUUCCCAGGUCAGCCCUUCUCUGGCUUUGUUGCGAGACAAUCUUCACCAGUAUAUUUGCAGUCAAUCGUCCUUCUCAGGACAGUCUUAUACACCUUGAUUACUUCAAUAGAUAUAGAGCUAUAGAUAAAACAAUGUAAACACGACUAUAAGUAAUAUAAGUACGUAUGAGCCUUGACACGGUUCUCCAAUAUCUUUUUUAAUUUGUUUUACCGUAACUUUGGCUUUUUAACGCCGUUGUACGCUAAAACAGACCGAUAAUCAUGUGAAGUGCUUUGUGUGAUGUCCACUUUCCCCGGGCACGAUUGAGAUUCUUAGCUGUAUUCAAAUAUCAGCCCAUUUUCAACCUAACAAAAAGUGAUUUUUCAAAGCGCCUUAAAUUCCGACUUAACGACAUCGAGCUACUAACUAUUUAUCGGCUCACCGAAAUACCAAAGUAGUAUUAACUAACGGGCCGGACUCUGCUG